AUGGCCGACCACGACAGUCGAGAUUUCAAUACAGCCCACACUGGGUCGGAACGUUGCCAAGUCGAGAACGUAGACCAAUCUUCGUCAAUCGAGUCGGAUAGCUCUUUGCACAGCACAGAGACAGACCACACACUCUCGUCAACGCCCGGAGGGACAUCACAGACAAUAGACAACUUCCUUGGCAAGAAGUUCUUCGAGUAUGUGCUUGCGGAAGCGGUGCUUGCCACUGCACAGCCAAAUGCUGCGUCACAUCAACUCGAGGCAAAGCUAGCCGCGAUUGUGAACGCGUUUCCGUAUCAAGAUGGUCUGGAUGAAAUUCAUGCUUUGAAGCCCUCGAUGGGUCUGCCGAUGGGUGCGAGCGAUCCCGGAAAGCAGUACUCCACGUUUGUAACGAACCUCGGAACCCUGGUUCGCCAGAGUGAUCCACGAUCCAAGAAUGACAUGGGUGUCAUGAUCCGCAAACGUGGAAUGCGAGAUUUUUCUGAAGCCAGAACCCAGAAUAAGGAUUCGAGCAACAGGCGUACCUCUCGGCGACCACAAAAUCUCUUUCACGUGCCUCCCUCGGUAUUUGACGAUGGACUACAGUUUGAACCAUUCACGCCUCCUCGCCAGGAAAUCGAGCUAGCGAGAAGUCGGCAGCAUCUCUCUGAUUCAAUAGAUUGGGUUUCCAAGUUGAACCUGGACGAUCAAAGCCAAGAUAGUACUCGUGAGAGCCGGUACGAGUACAGAACUUUGGAUAAUGGAGACCAUAUUGCUCAAGUCAAUAUCGGUGGGACCAAAAGAUACUUUCAGGGCACGGCAAAGAAAAAGGGUGAUGCUAAGCAAAUGGCAGCGGAGAAGGCCUGCAACUUUCUGCGACUGUGA